CCCAACCCAACCGCGCGCGCAGCCUCAAGCGAGGGCAGCCACGCACCGGAAGAGCCGCCGCCGCCGCUCGCCUGCUCCUGCCUCGUGCGCCGCCGCCGCCGCGUGCUGCUUCCGCUCCCGCGCCGGCACCGCCGCAGCUCUCCUGCUCUCGCCUCGCCCCGUCCCGGGGCCCGCGCAGGCGCUGCUCCUGCGGUGCCCGGCCGCCACACCACACGCUUGGUCCAUCUCGGUUUAGUUAUUAUUGGCAUCCAAGCUUGCUAUCCAGUCAAAAUCUCCUUAACUUGAUGUUCGUAUUCAAGGAUGCUGGAAGAGGUGCUGCAGGGUGUGGGCUUAGCUGUUCAUGCUGCUAGGCCUUUCCAAACGGAGGCUCUGCACGACUUCCUGUGCAUGUUUUUGGGUUUGCCCAUGGACAACUUUGGCCAUGCACAAACACAGCCAUCUCCUCUGGUACCGUUUCAGCAGCCAUCUCCUCUGGUAUCGUUUCAGCAAACAUUUACCAUCGUUGUCACUGAUUCGUCUUUGCGUGGCGAAUUUUGGCACUCACUUAUCACCCGAGAGAUCAAGAAAGCAAGGGGUUCGUGGCAUCCAUGAUGCAUUGAGAGUCAUGCACCUCGUGCCAGGGAAGGCAUAUAAUGGCAAGGAGGAAGGUCCAUCUCACCGCCGCCUUAUCAACGACUGUAUGCAUGACAUAAUGGGAGUUCAGCCAGAAAAUCGUGUUAUGCGUAAUGGAAAAGUGCAGUUUGUUGGCUCAAGCAAUAAUACAGAGCAAAUUUUACCCAAUACCGUUGAUUCUAAUGAUAUCUCUGCUUGUCCUUCCAUUAAUAAGCUCGCAAAGGGAAACAAGUUUAUGCUACUUGUGGAGCUGCAUAGGAGAGGAAUGAGUGCGGAUAUAUCUAUUUUAGCAUCUGCCAUGAGCUUUUGUGCUGUUAAGCAAUCCAUUAGGGGAGGUGUCCAGCUCCAUGCUCUACUGGUGAAAGUUGGUUAUGAAUUGUCAGUCCUUUCUGGCACCUCUCUAAUCAGCUUAUAUGCAAGAUGUUAUCAACUGGAGAAUGCUUGUCAGGUUUUUCAGAACAUGCCAGUUAAAAAUACCGUGUCGUGGACAGCACUCAUUUCUGGUUAUGCGCAGGAUAAUAAGGUUGAGCCUUGCCUCCAGGUGUUUCAGCUGAUGAGGCAGUCAGCGUGCAGGCCUAAUGACAUCACAUUUGCCACUAUCUUCAGUGUGUGCACUAACCACGCACUUCUUGCACUUGGUAAAAGUGUUCAUAGUCUAGAACUGAGAAUGGGUUUUGAUUUGUGUGUGCAUGUCUCAAAUGCACUGAUAUCAAUGUAUGCAAAGUGUGGGAGUAUAGAUGAGGCCCAGUCCAUAUUUGAGAGCAUUGCGUGCAAGGACCUGAUUUCUUGGAACUCCAUGAUAUUUGGAUAUUCACAGCAUGGCCUUGCUGAGCACUGCCUAAGCUUGCUAAAAGAAAUGGAGGAGGAGCACGUAGUGCCUGAUGCAAUCUCCUUCCUUGGCAUCCUGUCAUCAUGUCGGCAUGCAUGCCUUGUAGAGGAAGGCCGGCGCUGCUUCAAGGCAAUGAUCAGACUUGGAAUGGAACCAGAGUUAGAUCACUACUCGUGUAUGGUUGACCUCCUCGGCCGGGCAGGAUUGCUCGAUGAAGCAUGGGAUUUGAUCCAUACAAUGUCCACGUCCCCAAAUGCAGUCAUAUGGGGUUCUCUGCUGGCUGCCUGUAGGAUGCAUGGGAAUAUUCCGAUUGGCAUCCAUGCUGCAGAGCACCGUCUUAAGCUGGAGCCAGGUUGUGCUGCAACUCAUGUACAGCUAGCAAAUCUAUAUGCUAGCAUUGAUUGCUGGAGUGAUGUGGCCAGAGUGAGGAUGAUGAUGAAGGAGAGAGGACUGAAGACGAACACUGGGUGCAGCUGGAUAGAAAUUGGCAAUAAGGUUUAUACCUUCACAGCAGAAGACAGAUCAAAGAGCCAACAAGUAAAUCAUGUCUUGGCUGUUCUUGACUGCUUGCGCUCUCAUAUGGAAUACAAGUAUGAUCUGCUGAUAGAUGGUCUUGAGUUUGAUGAGCCUGAAUAUUUCAAGGUAGGUUCGAGCACUAAAUAAAAUAUUGGAAGAUCAUAGAUCGCCUCAGUCAUUUGUCUAUAUGAAGAUUGAAGAAUCAAUUCUAUAGAAAAAGCAUGACUCACACCUCAGGGACCUGCGAUAUGAUUCAUCUGAUUUCUACCUCAAAUUGUUCGAUAUUAUAUUGCAUCAGCUUUAGAGUUUUCCCAUCUGCCAUCUGAUUUGAGUUUUGAUGCUCAAUGUAGUCUUAUUUAUACAAUUGUUGUAAAUCAGGUUUCAUUAGUGAUUAGUACAAACCAUGCGGGGACUUUAGAUGUAAAUUGGAGUCAAAAUAUGAGAAAGGCUGGCUUGAUUGACUAAAGGAUUGACGUUUUCUUUC